UUGAAAUUCCGGUACGGUUGCCUUUUGCUACAUGGAACAAGUAACUUGAAAAAAAACACUUUAAAACGAAUUCUGCGUUGAUGCUACCAGAUCAUUAGUCCGUUUUCUUUGUCAUCUUAAACCACACUAAAGGCUUCUUUGGUUAAAAAAUUACCUUCAAUCCAUUGUAUCAAGAAAAAAUAAAAAUUCUCUUUAAAUGUAGCGCUUCAUUCCGCUUAUUGUAUUAAAUGCGUGUGUUAGUACUAUCAUUUCACAAAACAAAUGUUGUACUAUUUUUGUAAUAAAGAUUGCUUUUGAUUUCCUGACUGAACCAAAACUUCUUAACUUUUACACCAUCAAUUCAUUCAAAAUGUCCGAGUUUCCAACAAUUAAUGACACCGUAUGUAAAGACAUUAACAAGCAUGGUGAGUGGAUUACUUUUUCAAGUACCGAAGCUCGGUUAAAGUUUACAAACGCACUGGAACAAUGGUGUCUAUGUGUCAAUGGCGAAUUGUCCAGAAAUGCUUGUUUUAUGAAUAACCCCGUUUGCCGUUUCUCACCUUGUGACUUGGCAACAUCAACGUGCGGCCUCGUCACGACCGGUUACUCGUGUAAAUGUCGACCCAAUUUUUCUUUUAUGAAUGACGGCCAUUGUCGACCUCUAAGUAUUAAAGCGGAUUGCUCUUAUGAUUACAACUCUUGUAUGAAAGAAACGUCGGAUGCCAGUUGCAGCAAAUCUUCGAAAAACCUUAUCUGUGUUUGUCCUUCAAAUAUGGAAAAACAUUACUUUUCUAAUUUAUCAAACGAAAUGUCUCUUGAAGCAACAACUAACAAUUUCGAGUGUAUAGGUAAUGGAGAUUUAUUGAAAUGGUAUUGUCAUUUGGAUUUUCUAGAUGUUUCAUCUUGUGAAUUGACGGGGCAUUAUUGUGAUCCGAAAACGACAAAUUGUGUUCAAAAAAAGAGUGGUUUUGUUUGCGAAUGUCGUAACGGUUUUGAAAAAUUAAAUAAUUUUUUUGAAUGUUCAGAUAUUGAUGAAUGUUUGCAAGAAGAAAUAUGCUCUAAGGAAACAUCUGUAUGUCAGAAUACUUUUGGAGGGUAUAAGUGCGAAUGUUUACCAGGAUACGCAAAUAAAAAUGAUCAUCUUUGUACAGUAUAUAAUAAAUGUCUUAUACCGAAACUCGAUCCUUGUCGUUUAAAAUAUGAAGAGGAAAAAAGCCAAAAUGGACUUAUACCCUCUAUCAUGGAAAAAGACUCUUGCAUUUUUGUUAAAUUCAAUAUGUAUCAAUGCCGUUGUGCUCCUGGAUUCAUAUUUCGAAAUUUGCCAUGGGGUUGUGAAGAUAUUGAUGAAUGCGCUGAAGGAACCCAUGAGUGCACUAUUGAAUCAAAAUGUAUCAAUACGCGAGGAGGGUACGAAUGUGAAUGUUUACCUGGUUUCAAAAAGAUCGCUAAAUUAGUUCCUGACAACAGCCCAAAAGUUUUAUGUCAAGACAUUAAUGAAUGUGAAGAGGGUGUUGAAACAAAAGACAAAGGCAUUGUAGAAGCUUGCAAUCCUCAUAGUAGUGUCUGUCAAAAUACAAGAGGUUCAUUUAAAUGUGAUUGUUUUAAGGGGUAUCUUAGUAUACCGAACGAAAAUCGAUUGUUCACUGGUUGUCCAAGAGACGAAUGUUGUAAAGAUAUAGAUGAAUGCAAAAUGAAUACGCAUAAUUGUACGGACCAUUGCGUCGACGGUUUUGCUGUUCCGAAUAACUUCACUUGUGAUUGUAAACGGUUACGUUUUCUUAAGACGCCAUUUGAAUGCGAAAAUUGUCAGUAUUCGGACUAUAGCGAGUAUGGAGACGUUAAUACAAGCUGUGGAGCGGGGUAUCGUAAUGCAUCGCGCACACCUUUGCCAGGAUAUGGAUUAAACGUUCCUGAGUGCAGUAAAAUAGAAGAUACUAUGAUUUUUCAAAAAUAUAAUAAACGACCUUGUCGUAAGUGUUUCUUUUUUUCUUCUAGUCGUCAUUGUUACUAUAAACACUCAUAUAUUCCUUUCGUUUAUAAAGAUGACGAUGAUUAUAAGUGCAAUUUAUCGCCUUGGAGCGUUUGGAGUACGUGUGAGCUUAAACUUAACGAAGGUUCACAAUAUCAAACUCGGUAUAUCAUUUCUGGACCAAAGGAUUGUGAGAAAGUCUUAGUUCGCUACCAGAAAUGCCAAAUUCUUAGUGAACCUCUUUUCAUUGAUUGGAAUGGUAUAAUUUUAGGAUCUUUGUGUGUGACAUUAAUUUUAAUUACACUAGCCGCGUGCGUUCGACGGUCAUUGGUCCGAAGACAACCUAGAAAUUACUUUUAAUCCUACGCAUAUGGGACUGACGGCCAAUUGUAUUCCAUAUUAAAAAUAUCAAAACGUUCUGCAUACAAAUGCUUUUUAAAGGUCAUUUGUUACACACUUUUUUACUUUUACAC